CUUGACUUUUCCGUCCAUUUCACUUCGUCGUCACUACCACCAUCCUUUUUAACCGGGACAACAUGGCUACUGCAGCUAACCGUUACUACAGCGAAGACGGCAGGGCAACGAAAAGACAGAAAACCGACGGAAUGGCCACGGGAUACGAAGAUCCGCACAAGACCCUUCCAUCCGUGGUGGUCCAUGUCCGGGGGCUGGUGGAUGGUGUUACAGAAGCUGACCUCGUGGAAGCCUUGCAAGAAUUUGGAGCAAUCAGCUAUGUGGUGGUGAUGCCCAAUAAGCGUCAGGCGCUGGUGGAGUACGAGGACAUGAAUGGAUCAUCCACAGCUGUGACUUAUGCUGCAGACAACCAGGUAUACAUCGCCGGCCACCCAGCGUUCAUCAACUACUCCACCAGCCAGAAGAUAUCCAGGCCCGGAGACUCUGAUGACUCGAGAACCGUUAACAAUGUUCUUCUGUUCACUAUCAUGAACCCCAUCUACCCUAUUACAACGGACGUCCUCUACACUAUCUGCAACAACUGUGGGCCGGUCCAGAGAAUCGUUAUCUUCAGGAAAAACGGCGUCCAGGCAAUGGUUGAGUUUGACUCCGUUCAAAGUGCCCAGAGGGCCAAGGCGUCACUCAAUGGAGCAGAUAUCUACUCUGGCUGCUGCACCCUGAAGAUCGAGUAUGCAAAGCCAACUCGUUUGAAUGUGUUCAAGAAUGACCAGGACACUUGGGACUACACAAACCCCAAUCUGGGAGGCCCAGAUGGUGAUGCAGAUGGCAAUGGGAGCAAUGCAGACGAUGUGAAUGCCAACCCUAACAAGCGCCAGAGACAGCCUGCUCUGCUGGGCGAUCACCCUCCAGAGUACGGAGGCGGUUACCAUGGUUACGAUGAAAGCUACGGAUCCCCGCCCUACGAAGGUCGCCGUAUGGGUCCACCAAUGAGAGGGCGUGGAGGGAGAAGCUAUGGUCCAGGCUACGGACCUCCUCCCCCUCCUCCUGGCGAGUACGGCGCACAUGCUGAUUCGCCGGUUGUCAUGGUGUACGGGUUGGACCCUGUCAAGAUGAACGCCGACCGCGUCUUCAACAUCUUCUGUCUCUAUGGGAACGUAGAGCGGGUGAAGUUCAUGAAGAGUAAGCCCGGAGCAGCCAUGGUGGAGAUGGGAGACUGCUACGCUGUGGACCGUGCAAUCACUCACCUCAACAACAACUUCCUGUUUGGACAGAAACUGAAUGUGUGCGUAUCCAAGCAGCAAGCCAUCGUUCCUGGUCAAUGCUACGAGCUGGAAGAUGGCACAAGCAGCUUCAAGGAAUUCCAUGGCUCCAGGAACAACCGGUUCACCUCCCCAGAACAAGCAGCUAAAAACCGCAUCCAGCACCCGAGCAACGUGCUGCACUUCUUCAACGCUCAGCCAGAAGCCACGCCGGAGAUCUUCUCUCAGAUUUGUGACGAGAUCGGUGUCAAGGCUCCUGUUAAUGUCAAAAUGUUCACAGGAAAAAGCGGAGCAGCUCCCAGUGAUCGCAGUGCUUCAGGUCUGUUAGAGUGGGAGUCGAUCAACGAUGCUAUGGAAGCUCUGGCCAUGAUAAACCACUACCAAAUGAAAAAUCCAACCGGUCCCUACCCGUACACCCUCAAACUGUGCUUCUCCACUGUUCAGCACGCCAACUGAGCGCUCUUUUGUAUCGAGGAAGCUGAAGAUUGGUCCUGCAUUCCCAUGUUCACGUGUACUUAGACCAUAACUGCUUGCGGCACACCACGGGGGAGAAACAGAUUUUCAACAGUCAUGUAUUGUAACCUCUCACAAUGCAGUUGUGAUUCUGUGUAUUUGAUAUAUUAAGCUUAACUAAUGCUAACAAGCAUUUAAACUUUUGAUAUUUAUCCCCCAGAUGUGUGGCAUCAACAUGUUUUCACCCCAGCCCCUCAAUUACUGCCGUUUUUGUUAGAAGCCUCAAGAUGUCAUUGGACGCUUAUCUUCUGACAUAACAGCUGUAUUUGUAACCCUGAGAGUGAGAACAAGUUGGCAUUAGAGUAUCAGUUUUUGUGUGUCUUCAAUAUUAAGUUGUCCUUUUUACUUUUUUUGUAUCAUACAGGAACCUGACAUAGAACAUUUAAAAGAUUGUUCUAAGCUCGGGUUGUUCAGUGGCAGUGGACAACAUGGUUUUGUAAAAGCUGUCUUUUGCAACUUUUAUCAAAUUUUUUUUUUUUUUUUUUUUGUUAUUUUAAUUUGUCUGUUUAGGUCUGCGUCUUCGUGUCUGGUGCGCAGAGAAUUUUGUUCUUACAAAAUAAAAAACAAACUUGAAUUCAAA